UGCCUCAGCCGCGGCUCGCCAGGCCAGGCCGGCCUCCAGAGCCUCGCGCGCGCUUGAAGUCGAGCGGCCCAUGGUCGGCGGGCUCUCGAGUGCCCCGAAAGGUGUCGCUGCGCGAGGUCUGGGCUGGGCGCAGGUGAGCCGGCGCGGCAGAGGGGCCGUCGUCGUCAAGGCCGGGUGUCGUCGCUGUGCAUCGUCAGCAGCCUUCGCCGCCGGCCCCGAGUUCUCUCAGUGGACCCCACCUCUCUCUACACGUCAGCAGCCGCGUCCCGUGGGCUAGCACUCUGGCAGAAAAUUGUGCGCGGUCGCAGACUUAGUGCCCAAGAUGGCUGCUGCUGCUGCUGCUUCUGCGCCGACCUCCCCGACAUCACCAGAGACACAUGGAGCCAAUGCGGCUGUGAUGGAAGAGAAAAAGCGGGCGGCGUCCAAGGUUGUCACCACGCUGUUCCCGCGCAUCCCCAAGGUCACCACUUUGCUGCUGGAUUUCUUCAUCAAGCGAGAGAACAACGUGGUACUAACCCGGGAGCCGCUGUCGCACUUCUGCCAGGAAGAAGUCGUGUUGGCCGCGCAAGACAUACUGGACAAGCUCAGCCGGCAGGUCAUCACUUACCAGGACGUCCGGGACACGGCCGAAAAUCUCAUAGGGCUGCACAACUUGGUGUUCAAGAAGGCCCCGGACAUCGCCAAGGAGCUGGGUGACAGCAUCCGCAAGAUGAUCGUCAUCAUCGGUGAGCUGGCCACGUCACUGGAGAAGGUGUCCGACGUUCCCCCCACCGACUGGAUGGGCGUUGGCGACACUGUCGUCGCCAAAACGGAGAAGCUCAACAUGGCCGAAAUCGCGCCCUUCUGGACCUACAUACCCAAGAUGAAGGACUUUCAUUGCGUGAAGCUUCUCGGAGCUGGUGGAUUCGGAGCCGUAUACAAGGCCCUAUACAAGCCAACGGGCCUGGUCUGCACUAUCAAGCUCGUGCCGUGCGACAAAUUCCAGCGCCACAAGCAAGCCUGCGUCGACAAAGUGACCGCCUCCAUCAUCAGGAACCCCUUUCUAGUGAAGUACUACGCCUGCUACUGCACUAAGGACGCUUACCUCACCGUGAUGGAGUACAUCUGUGGCGCGGAUCUGUUCCGAGUUGUGGAGAAAGCAGUGUACUUGCCGACCAAUGAGUGCCGUAUCGUGAUGGCCCAGCUCAUCCUCGCCAUCGAGCACAUGCACCUGAGGGGCCUGCUGCACCGGGACAUCAAAGUCUCCAACAUGCUCAUUAUUCCGGGUGGAAGAGUAAAGGUUAUCGACUUCGACACCAACAAGGUGUGCAUCGGGCACUACUCGAAACGCGUCUGCAAGGGCUACUUCACCAAGACGGCGCUGGAGUUCCGCGACGGUGAGUGCGCCGGCACGGUGCCGUACAUGGCGCCGGAGCUCAUCAAGCACCGCCCGUACGGCCGAGCGUGUGACUGGUGGUCGGCUGGCGCCACCUUCUACAAGAUGAUGACGGGCCGAGUGCCGUUCCGGGCCGAGGGCAAGGACAAUCUGAAGGACAAGAUCGUCAACGAGCCGCUCAAGUGGCCCAAGGUCGAGGUGCAUCCACACUCGGCCACGCCCGAGGCCAAGGACAUGGUCUUCAAGAUGCUCAAGAAGAACCCCAUCGAGCGGCUGGGUUCUACCACGUACGCCGAGAUAAGGGGACACCCUUUCUUCGCUGGCUUCAACUGGAAGUGGCUGGCGACGUCCAAGCACCUGUGCGACAUCCCGGCCAUCGGCGAGUGCAUGAUCCGACGCAAGGAAACCAGCAAAGGGACCGAGCGGCUAACCGUCAGUGCCACAGCCAACACGAAAAAGAAGCCUCUGUACAAGGUGGAGGACAUGGUGGACGUCGAGCCUGCAACACAGCGGGCGCUCUACACCUACACGUCGCCGAGCUUCAAGAAGAUGAUCAACUUUGCCAAGAAAUCUACCGGUCCGGUGCAGCUAAAGGACUCGUUCUUCGACACCAGCGGCGUGGAGUCCGAAGAACUGGACUAUAAGAAGGCCUCGGACACAGACGUCGCCGCUGGCAUACGCGCCUACAGUGGAACCGGCGUGUCCGCAGACAAGUCCAUCACAGCAAAGGAGAGGAUGGACGUCCUUUUGUUCCGAACAAAGAGUCUCGGCAAGUACUGGAGCUUUGGCGUCAACAUUAUCGAGGUGGAUGGGGAGAACAACAGGAGGUUCUACAUGGUCGAGAAAGUGAAGAGCGGCAGCCCGGCCCAAGUGUCACACGUCCUGGAAGGUGACAUCAUUGUGGCUGUCAAUGGGCAGGACGUGUCCCAGCUGCCCAUCGGAGAGGUGCGCCGCAGAAUGCAGGACUGCGGCGACCAGCUGGUGCUGACAGUGCUCUCUUCGAGUGCCUUCCGGAUGCUCGAGUCGCGCCGUGACAUGGACCAAGUGCUCAAGGCUGCGGGCAAGGACACCAUCCAGCUCAGGGCCAUCCAUACCACGUGCGGAGGCAGCGGAAACUACGGCUUCACGGCCUUCGAGGCCAAGGCGUGGAACGAGCAGAAGAAGGCGCUAGUACACUGCCACGUCAUCCAGAAGGUUACCAACGCUCAGGUCGUGACGCCUAACAAGUUCCUGUACCCGGGUGACGUGCUGCUCAUGGUGGACGGUGUGCCGGUGGACACCAUGGACCAGUACGGCGUGAGGAUGGCGCUCGCCAAGGGGGCCAACGAACUCAACAUCACCAUUGCGCCCAUGUCGCCGCUGAGACUUAAGAGGCCCUCGUACACCCGACUGCACGAGACGGUCAUGACGGACGAGAAUGUGCCCGAGCCGUCAGCCAAGGCCAUAAUCGAGCCACCGAAGCCCUGAUGGCGGCGCUCUCUUCUUCGGCCCAGUUCUCUUCACUGUUGUUUGUCAUGGACCAAGCAGACGCGGAAAGUUGUGAUCAACAGAGGUGGCUGUCCCCCCUCCCCCCCCCCUUUUUUUUCUUCACGAAACAGCAGCAAGACAUGCUCUCGCACUGAAAACAUGACUGCACGUAUAACCGCUGCAAGCAUGCAGUGGUUCCAUCUAGCCGUGUGUGCCAAGAAGCCCUCUAGAGAACGAAUUUCUUAACACGCAAUUAGGAAAAUAAAAAUUACGGACUUACGA